UGUCAUGCUCACUACUUAGUGUUCUUCAAGUUUUCUCUAGGUCACUUCAUGAAGCCAUAAAAAGACACAGAGACACCUAAUCCAGAAAAUGAGCUUCCUCUCUCUCACAGGACCUGGAAUUGUAGGAAAUAUUUUCAUGCUUUUCAAACAUGUACGUACUUUAGUGAUGAGUCGUGAGAAAACUUCCAUAGAUCUUAUCCUCAUUCAAAUGGCUAUUUCAAAUAUUGUUAUUAUUUGUAGCUUAUGGAUCAGAAACAUAAGCAUGAUGUUUUAUUUUAGUAACUUCCUACUAGGUGACAUGUUUUGUAAAAUACUAUUUUACCUGAGUAGGGUGGCUCGAAGUCUCUCCAUCUGCACCACCUGCCUCCUCAGUAUAGUCCAGGCCAUCACCAUCAGUCCCAGGAACACCUUGUGGAAAACGCUCAAACCACACACUGCAUGGCAAGUUCUUCCCCACCUCCUCCUCUUCUGGGUCUUUAGCUUUCUCAUAAGCUCUAACUUGCUCCACUAUAUCACAAUAAGCAACAAUGUGAACAGAUCUGCUGUUAGAAUGUACUUUGGAUAUUGCUACAUGCUGCCAGCUCCACAAAUCAUCAGGUGGCUCUUCCUCUGUCUCAUGGCUCUUCGAGACCUCACCUUUCAGAGUCUCAUGGGCUGGAGCAGUGGGUACAUGGCUCUCUAUCUGUACAAACAUCACAAGCGUGUCCUCUACCUCCAGAGCUCCAGAUGUGCCAAAUAUCCCAGCCCAGAGAUCAGAGCCACUCAGAGUACACUCAUUCUCAUGACCUGUUUCCUGUUGUCUUAUUGGGCAGAUUUAAUUUUCUCCCUCUACACAGGAAUCACAUUGUCAGAGGAAUCAGCAAUAAUAAAUACCAAAAAGUUCCUCGAACUGGGUUUUUCCUGUCUCAGCCCCUUUGUUCUGAUCAGCAGGGAUAUUCGUAUCACUGCAUGCUGGAGUGCUAACUGA